AAAUACAAAGGCAAAAGGUUAAUCGGACAAUAAACAAGUUCACCAUUUCUGCUCGUGUGCAGACAUGACAGGAGCUCACUGAAACUGGGGUGAGCAGGGAGGUUAUCAACUAGACAGGAGAAAAUGCAGCAAUCUCUGACAAUGUGGUUAUUCCUAUGGGUCUCACCCAUGCUUCCUGCACUUUUUGGCUUUCCAUUGAACGAGAGGUUUGGAGAAUUGCAAUCUCCCGGUUUUCCAACUGCAUAUGGAGAUAAUAUCUACCAGACCUGGAACAUUUCUGUCCCCAGUGGAUUUGUGAUAAAACUGUAUUUCUCACACUUCAGCCUUGAACCAUCCUAUCGCUGUGAAUAUGACAACAUUAAGAUCCUAACAGAUGGAAAACAGUUGGCCAAGCUGUGUGGAGAGACCAGCACAGAUACAGAAGAGGUUCCCGGUGACAAACGAUUCUAUUCCACAGGGAACAACAUGACAGUGAUAUUCAGAACUGAUUACUCAAACGAGAAGAAUUACACCGGAUUUGCUGCACAUUAUGCAGCCAUAGACAUUGACGAGUGUGAUCAGACAGCUUUUGAAGAACCAACCUGUGACCAUUACUGCCAUAACUAUCUGGGAGGGUACUACUGCUCCUGUAAGCCAGGUUACUUCCUAGACUCAGAUAAGAUCUGCAGAGAAACCAAGUCGAAUUAAAGAAAACAUUAUUCAACAUAAUUCUGGCCAGAUUUGACCUCUGAGGAAGAAGUGAAGCACCCAACAUUACCCUCCAGAACAAUGCAAGUGUAGGAAGACUGGACCUCCAUGCUGAAAACGAUGCUAAAUGCAAAAAAAAAACAGAAACCAGGAAACUUCUCGAAGGGUGCUGGAUUAAUUGCAGAAAGGUUGAACGAGAUAAGUGUUAUGAUCUCAGCUGUUAUUGCUGGACAAGUCAAAUACCAGGCUGAAAUUUGGCUUCACAGAUCAU